AUGUCUUCCCCUUCCGAAUCUCUAACGUUUCCUUGGGUUGAUCCUCCUGGAAAUACGCCGAAAGAAAAAUUGGCGAUUGUUCAAUUAGCUUAUGGUAUUCCUACAAUCAUCUUCAUGUUAUUUUUAUUCGUUUUCCUUGGAUGCUCUAAGAAAUACUCAGGAUCAUUCUAUCGAUUAGUACAAGUGGAUCUGUUAACAUUAGGAAUUGUUUUCGUUAAAUCUCUGGAAUAUCAUGUGCCUGGGCUUUGGAAUAUUUCAUCAUUUCUUAUUAACUUCUUCAUGAAUAUGCAGUUUUGUUCAGCUGCCUCAAUGAGUCUCCAUCGAUUGUCUUCUAUUUUAUUAUUCAAUCAUUAUGAAAAGUUCUGGUCCCGAUUUUAUAUCCCGAUUGCCAUUGUCUACUGUUUCUACAGUUGUCUGCCUCAAGUUGGAGCAGAAACUACUAAAAUUUCUCUUGUCAAUGACACUCUUUUAUACACCUUCAAUCCAAGUGCCAUCAGUCGUUUCACUAUUGUUGUUACUAUAUUUUCAGUGGUUUAUUUUAUUCUAUUGCUUAGUUUGGGGAUAUCGGUCUCUAUUAUUGCUUCCAACAGGUUCAAAGAAGCGAAUGCCACCGAUGUAGUCUCAAAGAAACUCACAAAAAUCGCUUUGUCUUACGGUUUUGUGUAUUCUGGUAUUUUGGGAUGGACAGUUUUGAAUACAGUGCAAGGACAUUUCAAAAUUCUUCCAGAUAGUUUUACAAGUGUUUCUUAUACCAUGAUGGUCGUGGCAUCGGAUUUGAUGACGUUGGCUCUUCCUUAUAUUCUUCUUAUUUUUGAUUCGAAUAUAAAAAACGAUCUCCGUAAACCAAAGGAAUGGUCGAGUGCUGUGGCUGCGAGCACAUGA